AUGGCCGGACAAGGAACCACUUCUAAAAGCAAUGGGAAUCCUCCCAGGGCCCACGACACCAGGUCGAAGAAGCCCCAGCUUGCGGACAAGCUACAAAAAAUCGACCAAGACGCUGAAAGCGGGAAGCUAUCUAGUGCAAAAGUUAAGAGUGCGCAAGCACAAAUCAAUCACUCGGGAGCUACCAAUGGUGAACAAACGGUAGAUCCACAUUCGAAACCCCUCUUCGAUUCACAGGAAGACCAGCGCGUACCCAACCAGCCCAUUGAGAAUGAUGCUGUCGAGCCUAAUGACACGCCUAUGGCAGAGGCUACCGAUGAGUUUGGAUCGGAGCCAUCCGCGAACAGCGCGGGGCCGAGAGCGGUAGAUGAAACUGCGAGAGAAGACGACGGCAUGCUCGUCAGCUUUCGGAAAAUGUCCCUGGGAAACAGCCUCUACGGCGGUGUACCAGAAGCCUGGUGCUCCUCUGGCUUCUCAAGAAAAGCGAUCGUCCGACACGGUCCUCUGAAAGCGGCCAAGUACAUGCUCCAAUCCGCAAAGGGGUACAACCUGAAAAAGCUCCGCGAGGUCUCGGACAGAAAUUCUCGCAUCACGCAGAUCUGGGAUAGAGACGAAAAUGGAAAAAGGCAUCGUCGCUAUACAGUAGAAAAUAUCGAGGGUAUUGUGGGCGUUGUGGUCCAGGAGGGGCGGGAUUCAGAUCACGUGUACAAAACAGCACCUCGGACAUACCUCAAAGUCAAGUUUAUUGAUAUCGCCAAAGACGAUGAAAAGAAUUAUCUCUCAGACGGCUACGCCUGGGUUCCCAAAUCCGACCUUGACGGCUUAUUUGAGGCCGAGAUGAUCUUGGACGCGAUUAGCGAAGCUUGGGAUAAACAAGAAGAGCGGUAUCACUCGUACGAAAACGGUGCUGGACGCGGCAGUCCCGAUCGCCUCCCUUCUGUUUGUCCGCUGAACGUUUUUGUUCGCGAGAAAAGAUCUCGUACACGCUCGACCACUCCCAAGUCAUCCAUCGAAGCCGUGCUCCCCCAAUCGAAGCUUAAAAAGAGUCCAGGAGCCUCUACGAUCAUCGACUUCUCAGAACCAGCCGCCCAGGCACACCCUCCAUACGAUGGUGCGGCAGAAGUCAAGGAAGAGGAUGAUGACUACCCGAGUCUCUCCGUCGUGCCUGAGCAACGUCCAAAAGUCCUUUCAAAUCCGCCUGCCGAGAAACCGGUGAGUGCAGAGACCCCGCAAGUGGGCAGUGAUCCCAUCACAUUCAGCAAAACAGAAUUUUUCUCUCGAAAGGCCGAAGAAGAGAACUGGGAUAAUUUGAGUAGGGACCAAUUGGCCGUCCAAAAGACUAUCGCUGACGCCCUCUGGUUGGUCCACCGGAAGGUAAUGCUUGCGAACAACGCAGUAGAGGUUAGAAACAGCCAUGGGAUCCCUGUCUUUUAA